AUGACACCAGUUCCUAGGAAUGAAAAAGAAAGAACAACAGUUUUGAUCUACAUUUCAGCUAGAGGAAAAAAAGUACCUCCAUCGUUUAAAAUAGAUAAUAGGUGGCUUAAAAUAGAUGAUAGGCCCAGUGGUGGCUUGAAGUCCAACAAAAUUCAGAGCGAUGGGCAGCAGCGUGUCUGGGAAAAAAGGGACUGUUUUACACGUUCAAUGUUUAGCCCAAAAACCGAGUCUCCAAUUGUCAGUUCCUGUUUUACUUUCAAUUCCCUGAUUGGAAAGCCUGACAACAUCUCAGAAACUGUAGAUAAUGGAGCUACUUUUAGCCUUUCAUUGGAUCUGGAUCCAACUGGAUAUCCUCCAUUUAUCUAUCAAUCUAAAGCACAGAUAUCAUUCCACAAUUCUCGACAAAUAGUAGAUCCCUAUGAACAAGGAUUUUCAAUGGAGAUGGGAAAACGUUAUUCUUUUCGCUUGAAGAAAAGCAUUGAACAUUUUGGUAAUAUCGGAGGUUAUGUCGGAAUGUGGCUGGGCAUAUCUCUAGUUGCAGUUUUUGAUUUCCUGAGUACAGCGUUCGAUUUGCUGAAAUUUCCUUUUCGAAACUUUCAUGUUAAAAAGACUCGAGUGCGCAGAAUAAAUCUCCAAAAAAGGAACAAAUAUGAGGGAAUGAUUUCAGUUUAUAUUGAUUUGAGCACCUUGGAAAUAACUACAUAUAACUGUAGUCCUAAAAUUGAAAGCAUUGAACAUUUUGGUAAUAUCGGAGGUUAUGUCGGAAUGUGGCUGGGCAUAUCUCUAGUUGCAGUUUUUGAUUUCCUGAGUACAGCGUUCGAUUUGCUGAAAUUUCCUUUUCGAAACUUUCAUGUUAAAAAGACUCGAGUGCGCAGAAUAAAUCUCCAAAAAAGGAACAAGAAUGUUAAUAAGAAAAAACCCAAAUUUUGGUCCAAUUAUUUGACGAAUGUUUUUCGGGAUUCGAUGCUGAGUGGCGUUCCGCAAAUUCUUCUGGCUGAGAGUAAAGUCAAGAAAUGCGUUCUUACAUUGGUCUUUCUGUCUUGUAUAGUAGGAUACCUUUAUCAAUCCUCUGAAUUCCUGCGACUUUAUUGGAAGUACGAAACUGUUGUUGAUAUACAUUUAACUAACAGCAACCUAACAGAAUUACCUUCAAUUACCUUUUGUAAUUAUGAUGGAUCAAAUAUAACGAAGAUAUGUGGAGAGUUAAAACCUGAUUGGUGUUUUCCAUUAUCUAAAGAACCAGAACUUCCUGAAAAAGUCUGUGAAUGUUUACCUCAGCGUUAUUGUGAAAAUGGCACUUUUAAAGAUAGAAAGGUUUUACCUUUUUAUGGCUAUGGAGAAAUAUCUAAACUUCCACCUGAUGAACGUCUAAAGUAUAUUCAGGAUUUAAAUGAUGUAAUACGUAGCUGUUCUUUCUUAGUGCAUGGAAAUCAACCUGAGGAUUGUGACUUUUCGUACUUCAGGAAGUCAAGUGUUCCCACUCAUAACAUUUAUGGUUUCUUGAGUGGCUGUUAUACUUUGAAUACUGUUUUUGGAAGACCAAAUGCAAAGCCAAGUGUAGUGACUUCAAGCGGAACUAUAGUUCUCAAUAUUUCAAUUGAUGAAAGUGAAUAUAUACAUCUUUACCAUCCUCCAGAAGGUUUGAUAUCCUUCCACAAUCCGUACCACAUUGUCAAUCCUCACGUGAAAGGCUUUACUUUAUCUAUGAAAACAAAACGACAUACUUUUCAUUUAAAGAAGGUAACUGUAUUUAAACUUUAA